UGGACAAGCAAGAGUAGGAGAAAGCAAGAGAAAUUGAGGGAGAGCUCUUGUGAGAGAAAAGAAAGAGAGAAAUUGUGAGAAAUCCUUGUGUAGAUUAAGAGAGAGUAUUAGGGAGAAUUUGGGAGCUUCUAUAGAUUGAAGCUAGGGGUUGAGAGCUUCUUAAAUAAGAGAACUUCCAAAUUAUUAUACUCUUUUUCUUAAUAGUGGAUUUAUUUCUCUCUUUCUCGUGGACGUAGACUUGUUGAGAGUAAUGCAAGACUUUGCUUGCCAAUAAUCCAACUUGGUUUAUUGGUUACAAUUUUUCCUUUCAUGAUCAUUCUAUCCACCUAAUCCCCAACAUUAAUCUAUACUUAUUUUGUAAUCCCUUUCCUCCCUAAAACCAUUUGAUGUUGAUCAACUGUCUCAGACCUCUUUUUCCCUCAAAAUAAACCAAGAAUUACAAGAACAAGGGAAAAGAGAGGGAAAGUGCCAAGAGCACCCCUUAUUCUUAUUCUUCUCUUGAUGUUGGCCGGAAAACAAGUGUACCCAUCAGAGGAUAGGCCGUGAGCUGAUCAAAUUAUCUGCUUUUUGGGAUUUGGGAUUCUGGAGAGAUGGAAUUGGAUAGCUUGGAUUGUAUGACAUCCUCAGAUGUGAUUGAUGACGAUGAGAUCCUUUCCCAUUCCCACCAUCAGUUCCCUUCCCUGUCAAAGCCUCACGGUAAUGGUGACUACAGCAACAGUGUUGUGUCAUCAGCUGUUCAUCCAAGCACAACCAGUGUCCAUGAACUCCUUGAAUGCCCCGUUUGUGCAAACUCGAUGUACCCUCCAAUUCAUCAGUGCCAUAGUGGGCAUACCCUCUGUUCAACCUGUAAAACAAAGGCACACAACCAGUGCCCCACAUGUAGACAAGAGCUUGGUGAUAUAAGGUGCUUAGCACUAGAGAAGGUAGCUGAAUCCCUGGAACUGCCUUGCAAAUAUGUCACACUUGGAUGCCCAGAGAUAUUACCCUACUACAGUAAACUCAGACAUGAAUCCAUAUGUAUCUUCAGGCCACACAAUUGUCCAUAUGCUGGAUCAGAGUGCUCUGUUGUUGGAGAUAUCCCAUUCCUUGUUGCUCACCUAAGGGAUGAUCACAAGGUUGACAUGCAUUCCGGAUGCACUUUUAACCAUCGUUAUGUGAAGUCUAAUCCGCAGGAAGUAGAAAAUGCCACAUGGAUGCUAACUGUAUUCCAUUGUUUUGGCCAGUAUUUCUGUCUCCAUUUUGAAGCCUUCCAGCUUGGGAUGAUCCCUGUUUAUAUGGCAUUCCUCCGUUUCAUGGGUGAUGAAAUAGAAGCCCGGAACUACAGUUACAGCUUAGAGGUUGGGGGGAAUGGCCGGAAAAUCAUUUGGGAAGGCACUCCGCGAAGCAUAAGAGACAGCCACAGAAAGGUUAGGGACAGCCAUGAUGGCCUCAUCAUAGAGCGUAACAUGGCACUUCUCUUCUCUGGAGGGGAAAGAAAAGAAUUGAAGCUAAGAGUUAUGGGGCGGAUAUGGAAAGAACAACAGAACCCAGAAGGUGGGGUCUGCAUACCCACCCUCUGUAGUUAAAAGCAAGGUCAGAGCUCACCAUCUCACCCUGCCAAACCUUGCAUCUAUUCUCUAUAGUUUCUUGUAUUAUCAUUAGUGUAUGCAUGCAGGUGAUGUUGAGUAUUCUUGAACCAUGUAUUGAUGCUAUAGGCUAUAAGCUUCCUUACUCCUCUAGUCCUCUCCUCUAGGGUUCCAGGAGGAGCUUUUGCACAGUUUGCACUUUGCUUUUGGAUGUGGGUGGAUGUCAUCUUAUUUCAUUUAUCUUAAUCGAAUCCUCUUUAAUCUCUGCUUCCCUUGUGUGAAAUUAUGCCACUAAUCUGUUCAAUCCCACCAUCCCAAUAAUAUGCUUCAGCAUUC